AAAAAAUUCAGAAGAAAAAAGAAGAAAAAGAAGAUAAAGAAGAAAAAAUAAAUGAAAAUAAAUAUAUUGUAUCAAACUCAAAAUGUCGUCUAUUAGAUCAAAAUCCUUGGGAUGAAAGUAUUAAAAAAUAUAUUGAGCCGCGAGAAUUUGAAUCAUGCGCAUCGACUAAUUUACUGCUCACUUCAAUUAGCCGAGGUAUUGAUGGAAAUUUCAGUAUCGUUAUUAAUGAAGAAAUAGCCAAUGAAUAUUACAAUGAUUUGAUAAAUUGUUGUUGGUCUUCAAUUGCCCCAAUCAAAGUAAAAAAAUCUACAGUUAAUAAUAACAUCGAAUUCAACGUAUCAGAGUGUCAAGAUUUCAAGGAUCAGGUCCAGAUACCAGCGGGUGUAGAAUUAGUCAAAGUAGUUUGUCGACCAUUCGAAAACUUAAAUAAAAAGAUAUUCACGGCUGAUUAUCAAAAUAUUCAUGUUGUAUUAAAUUCUACCGAAUUUAAAAGCCGUUUUGGAGAUGACACUCUCAAUGAUAAAAAUGAGAACAAAAAAAUAAGCGUCCUCAUGUUGGGGAUUGAAAGUUUGUCGCGCUUGAAUUUCAUCCGCAGUUUUCCAAAAACAGAAAAAUUUCUAAAAAAUACAGGAUGGACUUCUCUGGAAGGUUAUAACAAAAUUGGCGAGAGUUCUUCUUCAAACAUAAUGGCCGUUUUAUCGGGUCUCAAUGCUUCGUCCAGUAGUAUAUUCUAUAAAUCAGAAAGGCAGCGUUACCUGGACGAUUUCCCAUUCAUCUGGAAGGAUUUCAAACAAGCUGGUUAUGUUACAGCUUUUGGAGAAGAUAUGGGUAACUCUUACACGUUUAAUUUUGAACAAACAGGAUUCGUUGAUCCUCCAACAGAUUACUAUCCUCGACCUUACAUCGUUGCGACAGAAAAGUUUUUGAAACAAAAAAAUAAAAAAAAUAAUAAAUAUUGCACCGGACCAGAAUUAUCCUUCGAAAGAAUUUUAAAUUACGCAUUAGAUUUUGCAGUAACAUUUUUAGGCAAACCGUAUUUUGGUUUUUUCUGGAGCAAUUCAGUGACUCAUAGUGACAUCAACGCAGCAUCGUCGCUGGACUCGCAUCUGCUGGAAAAGUUGGAGUCUUUGGAACAACACGGUGUCUUCAACAACACUCUGGUAAUUCUUUUCAGUGACCAAGGAAUGCAUUGGGGCGGAAUCAGAAACACUUCUGUCGGUUGGUACGAAGAGAGGCUGCCUUUUGUGUAUCUCCGAGUUCCAGAAACUUUCAAGAAUUUGAACAAUAAUUACAAGUACAACACUUUGGACAUUAUUCAGGCGUUAAAAAUAAACGAGCGUCGAUUGACUUCUCCCUACGACUUGCACGAAACACUCAGAGAUAUUUUGGAACGCGCGGGAGGCAAAUCAAGUUACAAAUCUGAUUGUUCUACCUGCCAAAGUCUUUUCAAAUUUGUUCCGUACGAAAGAGGCUGUGAGGACGUAGGAGUGUUGCCUCACUGGUGUGCUUGUUCAGAGUUCACUUCACAUUCAUCUGAAAGUAAAAUGGCAAUAAAGGGUGCCCAAAAUUUCUUAUCGUAUGUCGAAGAAAUUGUCAAAGACUACGAAGAUGAGGACGGAAGAUUAUGUGCCAAAUUGGAGCUCAAAAAAAUUAAUCGAUUUGAUGAGAUCCGUUUGAAAAAUAAUAAUACGGGUAUUAGAAAAUUUUUCUAUCAAAUUGAAGUUACGCCUGGCAAUGCGGUGUAUGAAGUUACCAUGGAUUUGGAUGAAAAUAAAAACUUUCAAGUGUCAGAACAUGAAAUAAGUAGAAUAAAUUAUUAUAAACAUGUUGCUGACUGUAUUUCUGAUAUUAGUCAUAAAAAAUACUGUUAUUGUUCCAAUUUACUUCAGUCGAAUAAUGUAAAAUAAUUUUUCAUUGUUAUU